UCUUAAACCUUAACCUACCUACUCACAAGUCACAACCAAUACCUUUUUCAUCAUCUACUCAAUGUCGUUGGAAGAAACAGAACCACCAAGCCAAACUCUAGACAAUGUCCUAAGCUGGUUUGAUGAUUCUAUCUCCUUAACACCAUUACCUGGAUUCAAUGAUUCUGAUUUGCUCAACGAGUUUGACUGGUCUCAAACGUGGGAAUGGGAUCAGCAGACUCAAACUCAAGAUCCAGGAUGUGAUGUUCUUCAUAGCUAUAGUCAAGAAGAUCUUAAUGCUUAUAUGGCUUGUGAAGCAAGUAACCUUGAAGUGGUAACCGGAGUUCCAGAAAUUGAUUCAGUUCCUCCACCAGUGGUUCAGAUACCAAACGAUCAGUCCAAGAAAAGGAACCGUGAUGAGCCUAUCGAUGGCCAAGUAGUGAAAAGAUCAGCAAGGAGCAAGAAAAAAGCAGACAAGUCUAGUGAGGUGAGCCGCAAAGAUGUUAACAAGGAAGAGAGAUGGGCAGAACAACUUCUUAACCCUUGUGCCUUGGCUAUCACGGCAAGGAACUCAUCAAGAGUUCAACAUUACAUUUGUGUUCUCUCUGAACUGGCCUCUUCUUCUGGUGAUGCUAAUCAUCGUCUUGCAUAUUUUGGUCUUUCUGCUUUGAAGAAACAUAUUUCAAGUUCCUUUGUGUCACCAUCAGUUACUUUUGCUUCAGCAGAAGUGAAGAUGUUUCAGAAGACUUUGCUCAAGUUCUAUGAAGUAAGUCCUUGGUUUGCUUUACCUAAUAACAUGGCAAACUCAGCCAUCUUACAGAUUCUAUCACAAGAGCCAGGUGAUAAAAAGGAUCUUCACAUUCUUGAUAUUGGUGUUUCUCAUGGUAUGCAAUGGCCCACUUUGCUUGAAGCUCUCUGCUGCAGACCAGAAGGACCUCCUCUUGGUGUUAGAAUAACCGUUGUAUCUGAUCUAACCGCAGACAUACCAUUCUCUGUUGGUCCACCAUCUUACAACUAUGCCUCUCAACUCAUUGGCUUUGCUAGGUCCCUCAACAUCAGCCUUCAGAUCAAUGUAAUUGACAAGUCCCAACUCAUUGAUACCUCACCUCAUGAGACCUUCAUUGUCUGUGCUCAGUUUAGGCUGUAUCAACUGAAGAAUAGCGUCCUUGAUGAGAGAAGUGAGGCUUUGAAAGCACUGAGAAGUUUGAAUCCAAAAGGAGUGGUUCUUUGUGAACACAAUGGAGAAGGAAGUAGCAAUGUGGACUUUGCAGCACUUUUCUCAAGGAAACUGGAUUAUCUAUGGAAGUUUUUAGAUUCAACAAGCUAUGGAUUCAAAGAAGAGAAUAGUGAAGAGAGGAAGCUGAUGGAAGGAGAGGCAACAAAGGUGUUGAUGAGCUCUGGAGAUACUAAUGAAGGUAAAGAGAUAUGGUAUGAGAGGAUGAGAAAAGCUGGUUUCUCAGCAGAAGCAUUUGGAGAGGAUGCAAUUGAUGGAGCCAAAUCUUUACUUAGAAAGUAUGACAACAAUUGGGAAAUAAAGAUGGAAGAUGGAGAUACCUUUGCUGGUUUACUAUGGAAAGGAGAAGAAGUUUCCUUUUGUUCAUUGUGGAAGUAG